CUUGCCCGCCAUCUUUUCUGGCUCGGUAGGAGGAUGUUUCGGUCCAAAGAACAAGCAGAACCGAGACCCUGCGACACCCAUUGCAACAUCAUGGGCUGCAGUUAGCAGAACACCUGCACGGCUGAGGGAAGAGGAGCGGGUGGAGCCGCUGUUUGCUUGGGUGUCUGCGGUGUAGAGGGCGCUAGCUGUUAGCUACCAUUAGCGGGAUAACGGCAGAAGCGUGCAGGCAGCUGGACUCCCGGGAACAGCCUGGGUCGGUACUGGAGGUCUGGUAUGCUGGUUUGGAUCGGUACCUGGAGAUACAGCUGGACUCUCUGCCGGUACCUGAAGGUCCGGUUGGACUCUCUGUCGGUACCUGGAGAUCUGGUAUACUGGUUUGUGUCGGUACCUGGCAGGCGGGUUUCAGUUUUUUUUUGCAUUAAGAUGUCCUGAUUGAGCUUCUAGUUCAAUCGGUUCUGGUUCUGAAUGAUUCUGUUUGUAAGUGGAAGAUGUGGGAGAGAAUAAAUGGUUCUGAUAAGUGAGUGGUUCUGAUAAACUAGAUGCGUCUUUAGUUUCCAGGUCUGAGAGAGUGUGGAGCGGUUUGGGUUUGGAUCAGAACUUCCACAUUAGAACAUGAUCCUGAACCAUGGUUCUGAGUGGAGGAAAGGAUUGAGUGUUUUGGGACAAAUGGGCCGUUGGUUCUGGUUCUGAACAUCAGAGGGGUUCCUCUGCUAAGUCAAACCAAACCACGCAUAAACAGGGUUUGGUUCUACCAGAACCUCCUGUGGAUGGACAGAGCUGUUCAUCUGGAUUUAAGAUUGACCCAUAAGCAGAUGGUCUGGUCGGAUCCGGUUGUCCUGAAUUAUUCACCUUUCUAGUAAACAUGGUGACGCUCCCAGAGUUCCAGCAGCAGAUUGUGGGUGUUUGGCUCCUUCUGAGGUUCUGAGAAACCUGAGACAAGUCUCCCCUGAUUGGGCCGCUGAACCCGGCGUCUCCCCUGAUUGGGCCGCUGGACCCGGCGUCUCCCCUGAUUGGGCCGCUGGACCCGGCGUCUCCCCUGAUUGGGCCGCUGAACCCGGCGUCUCCCCUGAUUGGGCCGCUGAACCCGGCGUCUCCCCUGAUUGGCCGGACCAGAGCAAGGUCGUGUGAUGGGACUCAGUGUCUCUGGAGCGCCCUCUGAGCUGAAGCUCCUCAACUGAACACACAUCUGAGCGCCUCGCACACACACACACACACACACACACACACACCUGUGAGCCGCGUUUUCUCACCUCCAGGCCAGACGCUGCUGUCCCAAGGUGCAUUGCUGCAUCGUCCACCAUGUCGGACGCCCCCGAGGCUGCGCCCGCCAGCCCCCCCCCCAUCACCAACCCGCCCCCACCUGAGGUGUCCAACCCCAACAAGCCUGGCAGGAAGACCAACCAGCUCCAGUACAUGCAGAACGUUGUGGUAAAGACUCUGUGGAAGCAUCAGUUCGCCUGGCCUUUCUACCAGCCAGUGGACGCCAUCAAGCUGUGUCUCUGGGACUACCAUAAGGUGAUCAAGAACCCCAUGGACAUGGGAACCAUCAAGAAGCGUCUGGAGAACAACUACUACUGGAGUGCCAGCGAGGCCAUGCAGGACUUCAACACCAUGUUCACCAACUGCUACAUCUACAAUAAGCCCACAGACGACAUCGUCCUGAUGGCUCAGGCCCUGGAGAAGAUCUUCCUGCAGAAAGUGGCUCAGAUGCCCCAGGAGGAGGUCGCCCUGCUUCCGCCGGCGCCCAAAGUGAAGAACAAGAGCAAGCAGCCACCGGCCACCACAGUGAGUCAGCAGGCCGAGUCCUCCGCCUCCCCGCCUCCCUCGUACCCGUCCCCCUCCCCCACCCAGACUCCUGUCAUCUCGACCACGCCCACACCUGUACCCGCCACGCAGCCCCCGGCGGCCAUGAUGCCCUCUGCACAACCAGUCGUCAAGCAGAAGAAGGGUGUGAAGAGGAAAGCGGACACCACAACCCCGACCACGUCGGCCAUCUCCGCCGGCCGCGCCGACUCCCCGUCCGCCCAGGACGCCAAGCCGGCCAAGCUGGCCUCCUCCCGCCGAGAGGCCGCCGCCCGGCCCGCCAAGACCCGCCGCGAGACGGUGGAGGAGGCGGCGGGGGGCGAGGCGGCGCUGGGUGGGGCGGGGGCAGGCGCCAGGAAGGGCGGCAAGCUGGGGGAGCAGAUGAAGCACUGCGACGCCAUCUUGAAGGAGAUGCUGUCCAAGAAGCACGCCGCCUACGCCUGGCCCUUCUACAAGCCGGUGGACGCCGAGGCGCUGGAGCUGCACGACUAUCAUGACAUCAUCAAGCACCCCAUGGACCUCAGCACCGUCCGGAAAAAAAUGGACAAAGGAGAAUACAGCGAUCCACAGAGCUUUGCCACGGAUGUCAGGUUAAUGUUCUCCAACUGCUACAAGUACAACCCCCCCGACCACGAGGUGGUGGCCAUGGCCCGCAAGCUGCAGGACGUGUUCGAGAUGCGCUUUGCUAAGAUCCCAGACGAGGGCCUGGAGGUGUCGGUCCCGUCCACCACGCCGGUGGUCAGUAAAAGCACCGCCUCCUCCGACAGCAGCAACAACUCCUCCUCCGACGAAUCGUCGGACUCCGAGGAGGAGCGAGCCACCCGACUGGCCGAGCUACAGGAGCAGGUUGGUGCUGCCGACCAAUCACAGCUGAAGGCCGUGCACGAGCAGCUGGCCGUGCUGUCGCAGGCGCCUGUCAGCAAGCCAAAGAAGAAGAAAGAGAAGAAGGACAAAGAGAAGAAGAAAGACAAGGACAAAGGGAACAAAGCCAAGAUAGAAGAAGAGAAGAAACCCAAGGCUGCCGCUCAGCAACCCAAGCCAGCCAAUCAGAAGAAAGCACCAGCCAGGAAAGCCAACAGCACGGUACCGCCCACCAGGCAACCGAAGAAAGCCAACAAGACGUCAGGCGGCGGAUCGGCCAACGGCGACGACGGCGAGGAGUCGUCCCUGCCGAUGUCGUACGACGAGAAGCGGCAGCUGAGCCUGGACAUCAACCGGCUGCCGGGGGAGAAGCUGGGCCGGGUCGUCCACAUCAUCCAGUCCAGGGAGCCGUCGCUGAGGGACUCGAACCCCGACGAGAUCGAGAUCGACUUCGAGACGCUCAAACCCUCCACGCUGCGCGAGCUGGAGCGCUACGUCAAGUCCUGCCUGCAGAAGAAGCAGAGGAAGCUGCUGCAAAAGGCAGCUGGGGGCGGAGCCUCUGGGGGCGGGGCCAGUCGCCUGAGUGGCAGCUCCUCUUCCUCGUCUGAUGACAGCUCCUCGACGGGCUCCUCCUCUUCCUCCGACACAGACUGAGAACACGGUUCAGUUCACACAGACAGGACUGCUCUCACACACACACACACACACACACACACACACACGGAGACUGUAUGUAAAUAGGCCGACAUGUUUUUUAGCUCCUAGUGUUCCUGUUUUCGUUGGAGAAACACGGACAGGCCGAGGAAGAGGAGGACGAAGAGUGGAGGACACCUGGGCAUCAUCUUCCUCCUCCUCUUCCUCCAGGGUGGCCGGCAGUGACCCCUGACCUCAGAACACAUUCCAGAGUCAUCCGUCAAGCAUCAUGGGAGAUAUGGAUGGGAAGGGGGCGGGGCUACCAGAGGAAGAAGAGCAGCGAUCUGAUUGGCUGGGCAGCGGGCUGGGCCAGCAGAACCCCAUGGUUCUGAAGGACUGUUGGUGCAGCAGCGGUUCUGGGCGCGGCCAGCAGGCGGCGCCGCAGGAGAAGCUCGUCUCUCUCCAACCCUUCUGGUCCUCGGGCUCCACGGUUCUCCUGAACAGAACCAGAUCCAGUUGGUUCUCCGCCGGGCCUCUCACCAGAACCCUGUGGGUCCGGGCGCCGCCGUCGCCACGGUAACCCAACAAGGCAGAUUCCUAACACUACAUUUCCUUUUUUCUUCUGUUUGGGUUUUCCGGUCGUGUGCUGACCCGUUUGUGUCUUCUAAAGUUCUCAGUAUAAGAUGUUUUUGCCGCUGUCCGGUCCGAACUCUGAACCCUCUCCGUCCGAGUCCAGAACCGCAGGAGGCCCGGUCCCUGCCCCAGAGACUAAAGGUUCUGAUCCGACCCGAGGAGCUUCUCAAUGUUUUUUAAGGAUCAGACGGGAGGCGGUACCACCAGUUCCACCAGAAUCGGGCCUCAGCGGUCGGUUCUGGUUCUGGCGUCGGUGGCUCAUGAACCGGACUCUGGGUCGGCGCCAGGUCACAGGAAGGAGAACGCCGCCUUCUGCUGCACAUGUGACGGAACUGAUCAUGUAGAGUAACAGCCAAUCAGGAAGGAGAUGGGCGGGAGUUUCUGUGGGCCCUGAGUCUCUGAUUGGCUGAGCCCUGCAGCGCCCCCUGCAGCCCGUCUGUGUACAGUUCAGUUGGGUUUUUAUUGUUUUUAUUUUUUAAAAUAUUGAACCAAAGUUCGCAGCCUUCCUUGGCAGUGUGGUCGUCAUGGAGACGGAUCAGCAGCGGCGCCCCCACCGGACAGCCCGUUGCCACAGUAACCCUCCCCCCCCCUUUGUUUUUAGUUGAUGGUGGAGCUUCGAUGCUGAUAGUUAAUUUUUGUAUUUUAUAAGAAAAAGGAAGAAAAAAGUGAUUUUAUGUAUCUGCAUGCACUCCGGCCGUACGUUACUUCUGUAUGUUUGAGCACUGUAUACUAGCUGUAAGUAGCUGUGUGAUAGACGGAGACCAGAACCGGGUCGGAGGAGAACCCAGCGCAGAGGAGGAACCGACUAAAACCAUCAAGUGGAUUAAUAAUUGAUGUAAUUACUCAAACAGGAUCCUUAUUUUCUGACUUCAUUUGUUUUCAUAAAUAAACACAUAAACUGAC